AUGGCAUCAAAAAGUCCCCCAGGUGGAGACAGUCCUCUCUCCUUUGCAAAGAUUGCCGCUAUGCCCGCACCCCUCAAGCCACAUUCUUCCUCCGUAUCUGAUGAAAAUGAAAUAUGCCAGCCAGCAGAACAACCACCUUGCUCAGAAGCAAAUGGCUCCGGUGCAGCUCUGCCCAGCCAGCAUAAUCUCGACAAAACGCCAGAGGCUAGUUCCAUUGAUCUUGCUGUUGAUGAUCUAGGGAGAGGUGUGCAAGAUAUUGGCCUCACCUUGAAGAAACACAGUGAUGGCCCAAGCUCUCUCGCUGGUGGCCAAGACAAUAGCUUGCUCAAGCGCGAGAAUUCUUUUGAAGAUGAUCGCACUCAUCUUUCUACCUCAUCCACAAAAAUGACCAACUUCGAUUCCAAGAGUCUUGCCUCGGUGACGACAUUUGCAAUGGAUGAAAAGGAUUCUGUGCGUCCCGAUGACAGUGCUAGUGUCCAAGCCAUUGAUGAAGAGGAGUCGCUUUCUGGACUUGCUUCUGGGGCUCCAAACUCAGUGGCAGGCUCCGAAGCUGGCAGUCGCGCGUUUCGAGAUCAGUAUCGAGAUGGUAUUCCUACACGCCCACGCGGGAUUUUGCCCGUGCCUCCUCUCUUUGAUGGAACGCAGCCGGCAAAUGGCACGAUUCCUCCGGAUUCAGUCGCGAAUAACUUUGUGAUUCCAGCCAACUCUAAUGGCAUUGAAGAUGGCCAGAUCCUACAUGGAUUUCCCUUGGAGCCGGAUGAAAAGCUCCUAGAGGCAAUGAAAUCACCGAAGGAUCGUCUGCUGAUCCUGCAACUGGAGGAAAAGAUUCGGUACUUUAUCAAGGACUGCAAUGAACAAUCUCUGGAGUUGCCCCCUUCGAACGCGUUUGGCCGACUUCUUGCACACAAGCUGGGGGAUUACUAUCACUUAACACAUUUUGUCGACAAUAAUGUGACAUCGGUCAGGCUUCAUCGCACACCAUUCUGCCGGCUACCCACUCCUUUAUCUGAUAUACAUGCUGCCUGCAAUAGCACUCCUCCUCCAGUCGUUCCGGCAAUGAAAAUCAUGCGCCGAAACGAUGGAGGGCAAUUCGAAGGAAGUAUUGGAGGUUCAUCGAAUCCUUCAAAGGCUAACUCGGAAGAUGGCGAUAGUGGACCAGAUGGAGAACGCCACGGAUCUUCAUCCGGCGCUACGCCAGCGAAAGAUCGAAUGGCUUUAACUAGGGAGGAACGGGAGGCUAAAUACCAUGAAGUACGUGAACGGAUCUUCCGUGAUUUCCCCGACAGUGCCAAGUCGGAUCCGGCCAGCGGUGAUUCGAACCCCAACAUGUCGCGCUCCAGCUCGGCAAGCGGCCGCAAGAAGAACCAGAGGCAGCGAACUCCCCAUGAUGACAGCUUUGAGGUUCGCUCGCAGUUCAACGCCUACUACCCGGGGAUGCAAUAUGGAAAUGGUACUGCCCAGUACAACGCUCCUGUAAAUGAUGGCUCAUACCCCAACCAAGUACCUUACUUGGUCGGACCUGGUGUGCCGCCACCCUCUGGCGGAUACAUGCCAUCUGGUCAGAAUGGUGCCAUUUAUCCUGGACAACUGAACAUGAACAUGAAUGCUGUCUCCCAGUAUCCGGCAAUGCCGCCCCAGGUGGCCUCCAAUGGCUCAUGGCAAGGAGGAAACAUGCCGCAGCAAUCCCCCUAUUCCGGGUAUGCUUCGAUGAACCAGCCGUCCUCGAACGCGUCCUCGCCGGCAAUGAACAACUAUGCCGUGCCCAAUGUGGCGCCGUAUCAACAAACCCCCAAUUGGAGCUCGCCUCCUUUCCCCACAAAUUUCCAGCAGUCCCCGCACCAGCGAAAUGGACCUGUCCACUGGCCCAACUAUCCUCAGCAGCCAAUGGCUUCCAACAUGCCACCCAACAUGCCACCCAACGUGGGUCCUAAUAUGCCGUCCAAUAUGGGCGCAUAUCCUUAUGCUCAAUACCCCGGGCAACAUAUGAACCCUGCUCUUCAACAUUCUGCUGGAUCCCAUGCAGCAAUGCAGGCAGGAUAUGCCAGGUCACACUUCAACCCCCAGACACGCUCAUUCAUCCCCGGCGGUGCUCCUCUCGGUCGUCACCCGAACAAGAGCCAACACACAAUGCAGCCGUAUGGUAACAUGCAAUCUGGUGUCCAACCACAAUGGAACGGGUAUCCGGAACCCGUCCCUAACCGGACCAUGGACUCCACCCCGGCUAUGAAUUCCAACCGAGUUCCCACCGGUCCGCGAGACUCGAUCGCGAAAUGGGGCACUCCAGCUCAUCUUCCCCCAAACCCCCGCCAUCCGAAGUCCCCUCCGACUUUGACCUGA